CCUCCGAGUACACACGGUGGACCACGGGGAGGGAAAAACACACACACAUCCUUCACUGAGAGUUAACUGAACUUUACGCAGCCAGUCGGUGAGCGGGGCGCAGGAGAGGACUGUGGUUUCUACCCAGUAGAAUUCGGAGUUGCUUCACCUGAUGAAGAGAUGUUAUUUUUCAGCUAACAGCGAACGGACAUUCACUUUUUUAGUGGUGUCUCUCCAGCCCAUAUAGCAGAGUUGGAUGUGAGUAAACACUACAAUGUUUCACGCGGCUGUUUGUGCUCCUCUCGUGAUGGGCUGACAGAGACAGAGAGACCAAACCAAAUGGAUUAUCUUUCCUCCAAACUCCACCGGCCACCUGUAGAGUAACUAACGGGCCGGUAUGAUAGUGUCUAACGUUAGUCUGAGCUGCGGCGUGAGCUGCCCAUGGGGAGUCAGUGACGGUAAGACGGUGGUCACGCAGGGAGGAGGCUCAGGUUCUCUGAGUCCUACGGGACAUCUCGUGGUGGCAGUGUGUCUGGGGUUCAUAGGUACAUUCGGUUUCCUCAACAACCUCCUGGUGUUAACGUUAUUCUGCCGGUACCAUACGCUGCGCUCGCCCAUCAACGUCCUGCUGUUGAGUGUGUGUGUUUCGGACCUGCUGGUCUGCGUGCUCGGAACACCGUUCAGCUUCGCCGCUGCCACGCAGGGCAGGUGGCUGAUCGGUAGGGCCGGAUGCGUCUGGUAUGGCUUCAUCAACUCCUGUUUGGGUAUCGUGUCUCUGAUCUCCCUGGCAGUGCUGUCCUAUGAGCGUUGCUGUACCAUGCUGUGUCGGAUGCAGGCAGAUGGUACUGACUUCGGUACAGCGGUGGCUGGAGUGUGUUUCUCCUGGGUCUACGCCCUGGCCUGGACACUGCCCCCGCUGCUGGGCUGGAGCAGCUAUGGCCCCGAGGGACCAGGAACCACCUGUUCAGUGGACUGGAGGACCCAGACACCCAACAACAUCUCCUACAUCGUCUGUCUGUUCACCUUCUGUCUGUUACUGCCUUUCUCUGUCAUAAUGUACAGCUACGGCAAGCUGCUCAGCGCUAUCAAACAGGUGAGCAAUGUGAGCACGGUAGUAACCCGUCGUCGUGAGCAACGUGUGCUGGUGAUGGUGGUAACCAUGGUCGCGUGUUACCUGUUGUGUUGGCUGCCGUACGGUGUAGCGGCCCUGCUGUCGACCUUUGGCCCUCACAACCUUUUGACCCCUGAGGUCACCAUAGUCCCCUCGCUGCUGGCCAAGACAUCUACAGUCAUCAACCCUGUUAUAUACAUCUAUAUGAACAGACAGUUCUACAGGUGUUUCAAGGCUUUGCUAAGAUGUUCUACUCCUGACCGAAGCUCCAGUUUGAAGGCGCCGUCACCGGCGACCAAAACACUCUGGGCCGUUCGCAAUGGAAACGGACACGACGUGCCGGUUGUUUUGGCGUCAGUAGGCCCUCCCACUCCGACUGACUCUGCCAACAGUUCCUUAGUGGUAGCGGAUGACCUGCCACUGUCACCUCCCAACCCCCCCCCCCCUGUCCAAACCACGCCCCCUCUCCAAAUCCCUCCCCCUGUCCAAACAACGCCCACUGCCAAACCAAGACUGACCCUCAUAGCUCACUACAAUGGAUAGAGAGAGAAAGGCUUUGUGUCCCCAAGACAUAAUGUACGUUAGGAGUAAGAAGGAGAUACGUCAUGGUAAGAUGGAGGUCUCUCUGAGGAGUAGUCAUUUGAAGCUGUGCAGUAGGUGGUUUUGUUCUUAUCAAUGUGAAUGAUCAGAAGUCUGACAGAUCUGUUAGAGGUGAGGAUAAAGUCCCCAGGAGUCUUACUAUAAUCACACACACACACACAUACACAGUAACCAGUGGAAUAAUUUGUAAAUGAAUUGUUGAUUCGAUCAAUGAUGGUGAAAAUUUUUAUUUCAAGCACAAAAUGAUUUCUCUGAUGGCUCAGGUCAGGAACAUUGUUGCAGGGUAAGAUGAUCCUAGAUCUAAGGCGAUGAGCAACUUCAGCCUGAAGUAGUCUCUCAAGACAGACGGGUUGCCUCCCACAAUGUACCAAUGUUCAAGCUUAACAUGCCUGUUUGUAUGCAACAUCAGUUUGGCAUAGAGGAAAGGGCCAUUUGUCUUUCUUACAAAUCUAAUCAAAUCAAAUUGCAUUUGUCACAUGCGCUGAAUACAACAGGUGUAGACCUUACAGUGAAAUGCUUACUUACAAGCCCUUAACCAACAAUGCAGUUUUAGGAAAAAUAUGACUAGGGUUGCUGGAGUCUUUGACCAUUUUUAGGGCCUUCGUUUGACACCGCCUGGUAUAGAGGUCCUGGAUGGCCGUAGGCACUGCCUUAUCUGCUUGUUGCUCUACCGUAAACAUCCCCCAGACACAAAAUGGUAGCUAGCAAGAUGGUGAUCAGGUUUUUUUUUUUAAUGAGGGCAUUUUAAUGAGGGCAGCUGCAGCUGUACAUAGUCCAUCUGUAAACUACCCACCCAAUUUACCUACCUCACCCCCCAUACUGCAUUUAUUUAUUUACUUUUCUGCUCUUUUGCACACCAGUAUCUCUUCUUGCACAUGAUCAUCUGAUGAUUUAUCACUCCAGUGUUAAUCUGCUAAAUUGUAAUUAUUCGAUUUAUUGCCUACCUCAUGCCUUUUGCACACAUUGUAUAUAGAUUCUCUUUUUUUCUACCAUGUUAUUGACUUGUUUAUUGUUUACUCCAUGUGUAACUCUGUGUUGUUGUCUGUUCACACUGCUAUGCUUUAUCUUGGCCAGGUCGCAGUUGCAAAUGAGAACUUGUUCUCAACUAGCCUACCUGGUUAAAUAAAGGUGAAAUAAAAAUAAAAAUAAAUAAAAUUUUUGCAAGGGGCUAGUUUGCAUCAACUACCUUCACUAGAACCACUGCAAAGGUUUUUCCUGCAAACUUUGUUUCGAAUCGAGACGUUCUGGCAUGUCUGCCUCGUGAUUUGUUGGGAGAGGUGUCUGUCUGAAGAGGACCCUCCCCGGAUAGUUUUCCUUUUUUUUCUUUUCUUGAGGUUACCAAGAGAAUCCGUCAUUAAUCCCAGUGCUGUUGCUGCCCUUUGUCUGGGAUUUCCGAGACUAAACCUGAAGUGAAGGAUUAGCAUGUUAGCAUUAGGUUUCGAGAGUAAGCAUGCUAGCAACAAGACAAGCAUUAACGCAUUAGCCUGUUUGUAUUGGGCUUGAAUGGAGAAUUAGUAUGCCAGCAAUGAAACAAGCGUUAGGCUGUUUGUAUUGGAUUUUAAUGGAGAAAUAGCAUGCUAGCAAUGACAAAAAUAACAAUUUGCUUUGGGUUUGAAUGAAUGAUUAGCAUGCUAGGUGUAGACCUUACAGUCAGAGAUGGGGAAUCAGCACACCAGCACCUGAAAGGAUUUAAUUAAAAAUACAUUAGCUAUGUCACAACAACAAAUUACACCAAGCUACAAAAAUAGGGCAAGCUUGUUAUUUUAUUCACUAUUAGCUACAUUAAUUAAUAGAGUUUUAGCUAUGCAGGAACAUUUCAGAGAGACACUGUGUUUUUUGGCAGAGAACAUAUUAUUUGAUGAGGUUUUUGGUGAUGUUUUGUUGCCUAAAGAGCAGGAUAUUCUGUGCAUUUUGUUGAUAUAAGGAUUAUUGAUGGGCUCUCUGACCCUGUUUCCAUGCUUCGUACAGAAGCACUGAUUGAAGAUUUGAUACGCAAGGGGAUUUGAUACAGUGUGUUAAGCAUUUCAUAAUAAUAUAAUUUGAAGUAACAUUUUGUGCAAUUAUAAAUGUUUGUUUAAACAUAUAUAUAUAUAUAUCCCAGAGAGAAGAAGAUAAGUCUGUCUGUACAGCCUCUUAGAGAGGAUUGGAGAAGGGAAGAGAAGCGGGGAGAGGAGAAGAGAAGAGACGAAAGGAGAGAAGAGACGAGGAAAUGUUCUCGUUCCCUAUCGCCCCUCAUCUCUUUCAAAUAUAUUCCUCCACUCUUUCUUUCUCCCUCUCUUAUUUGAAUUCACAGCUGUCAGAUUAAACCAUGCAUUAUUAACUGAGUUACAGUAUAGGGAAGAGAAUACAUGAAAUGCCCCAUCAGGGCAUAAAGUAGAUAAUAUAGUAGAUAAUAUAGUAUAUAAUAUAAUAGAUAAUAUAGUGGAUACUAUAGUAGAUAGUAGAUAACAUAAGGGAUAAUAUAGUAGAUAAUAAGGUAGAUACUAUAGUAGAUACUAUAAUAGAUAAUAUAGUACAUAAUAUAAUAGAUAAUAUAGUGGAUAGUAGAUAAUAUAAGGGAUAAUAUGGUAGAUCAUAUAAGGGAUAAUAUGGUAGAUAAUAUAAGGGAUAAUAUAGUACGUAAUAUAAGGGAUAAUACGGUAGAUAAUAUAAGGGAUAAUAAGGUAGAUCAUAUAAGGGAUAAUAUGGUAGAUCAUAUAAGGGAUAAUAUAGUACGUAAUAUAUAGAUACUAUAGUAGCUACUAUAGUAAUAAUAAAGUAGCUACUAUAGUACAUAAUAUAGUAGACAAUAUACUAGAUAAGAAAGUAGCUACUAUAGUACAUAAUAUAGUAGAUAAUAAAGUAGAUACUAUAGUACAUAAUAUAGUAGAUAAUAAAGUAGAUACUAUAGUACAUAAUAUAGUAGAUACUAUAGUACAUAAUAUAGUAGAUAAUACAGUAGACGUGUGUUUGUCGUCUGAUUAUCUGUUAGCAUCUUUGACUGUUAAUAUUUGUCAUUACUGCUUACUGUGUAUUGACUCAGCAAUGUUUUAUCCCGCUUUUUACAUGCCAAUAAAGCGGGUUUGAAUUUGAAA